CGAGAAGGUGUGGAUGGCGGCGCUGACGUCACUCGUUCUUUCUCUUGCCGGCCCCUAUGCUCACCAGUGUGGUGUGUCUGCUCUCCAUUAUUGCACGUCGCCUCACUCCUCUCUCCAUCAUGGUUCGCGAACGCACUUUCAUCGCCGUCAAGCCCGAUGGUGUCCAGCGAGGACUCAUCGGUGAAAUCAUCAAGAGGUUCGAAGCUAAGGGAUUCAAGCUCGCCGGCAUGAAGUACAUUCAGGCAACAGAAGAGCUUUUGAAGCAGCACUACAUUGAUCUUGCUGACAAGCCCUUCUACCCUGGCCUUUGCAAGUACAUGUCCUCAGGACCUGUGGUUGCCAUGUGCUGGGAAGGCACUGGCGUUGUCAAGACGGCACGUGUCAUGAUGGGAGAGACCCGCCCUGCUGACUCCAAGCCUGGCACCAUCCGUGGAGAUUUCUGCAUUGAAGUCGGAAGGAAUAUCAUCCACGGCUCUGAUUCUGUCGAGUCUGCCAACAAGGAGAUUGCUCUGUGGUUCAAGCCUGAGGAGCUUGUAUCCUGGACACAGGCCAACGAGUGCUGGAUCUACGA